GUUCUCCUUUUAAGCAAAUCAGGAAAACAAAGAAUCGAAUUCCCCCCUUUGUAAUCCUGGUAGAAACAAAUUAGGGUUCUUCUUGCAGAUUUUCAUUCAAAAAAAAAGGAAAGAACUAUUCUCCAAAAAUGCAUCAGCACCAAAUUGUACAAUCGCCGGCCAGAUUAGGCCUAACAAACCCAACUUCUCCUUCUCUCCCAGUCCAAACCCCAAAUCCUCCUCCUCCCAAAUUUCCCAACCCUCAACCCCCGCAGCACCACCACCCGUCCACCACCACCACCACCACCACCACCUCCUCAGCUCUCCUCUCUCUUCUCCCACCUCUCCCCAGAGCCCAAUCUCUCCUCCUCCAAAUGGCUUCUUUAGCCACCAAACUCUUCGAACUCUCCCCUAACCGUCCCCACUGGCUUUCCGCCUAUCGCGGAACACUCCCAACUUUUCUUCCGUCACAAUCCCAAUCACUGGACGAACCCACUCCUACUUCUACCAAAGAAAUUAUCUCCCUCUUUACUUCCCUUCAAACCCAACUCUUUGAAUCCGUCGCCGAACUUCAGGAAAUCCUUGAUCUCCAAGAUUCCAAGCAAAGGAUUUCCCAGGAAAUCAAAUCUAAAGACUCUGCGCUUCUUAAUUUUGCUAAUAAAUUGAAAGAAGCUGAGAGAGUUCUUGAUAUUUUAGUUGAUGAUUAUGCUGAUUAUCGCCGCCGCCGCCCUAUCCCUCCUAAUGAAGAAGAAGAAAAUGCUACUAACACCACUACUGUUGCUUCUCAAUUGAAGUUAUCUGAUAUUUUGUCAUAUGCGCAUCGUAUUAGUUAUACUACAUUUGCUCCGCCGGAAUUUGGUGCUGGACAGGCACCAUUGCGUGGGGCGCUACCUCCUGCUCCUCAGGAAGAGCAAAUGAGAGCUUCCCAGUUGUAUAAUUUUGCUCAUCUUGAUGUUGGGUUGCCUAAAGAUGUUGAAACUAAGGAGAAGACAAUUGAGGCAAUUAUUGAGCCACAACACGAAGCUAAUCCGCUUGAGAAUUUGGCAGGCCUGUUUCCUCCAAAUAUUUCUGUUCCGGCAGGGUGGAAACCUGGGAUGCCUGUGGUUUUGCCAACAGAUUUACCAGUGCCGCCACCUGGAUGGAAGCCUGGGGAUCCAGUGUCAUUGGACUCUAUUCCAUUGCCUAGAGCUGUGGAACAGAAGUUGCCACCUAUUGCUCCUCAAGGAUUGCAUAAGCCACCAGAGACUAUACAGGUUCGGCACGUGGAGCUGGAUAUUCCGGAUCAGGAUGAUGAUAGUAGUGAUUAUAGUAGUGAUGUGGAAAGCUCUGAUGAUGAGGAUUGAGAGAGUGAUGGUCCAGAAUAAUAGAUUGUUCUGAUCAAGGGUAUUUUGGUGGUGUUUCCUCAGCUUUUGUUCAGCAUAUUGGAUAACUGGAGCUCUGUUUUGCUUGUGCCUUUUUUUACGGACAUCUUAUAUUCUUAUCUUGACAAAGGGAAAAAAGAAAAGGAACAUGACUUCUGUCUCAAAUCCAUGCAAGUUUGUGAGUGGGAUGAUAUGCUCGUAUUCAUAAUCUGAUAUGCAAUUGUCUAUGAUACCCAUCAUCAACAAUCCAUUUCUGUUGCUGGUCCGGAGUCGAAGGAGUGGUCUAAAACUAUGUUAGAGUAUGUAACCGAUGACCAUAUUGCACUCUACUGGUGGAUCAAUUCCUGAUAGUUGCUUCAAGGGAAUGGAAGUGGUUCUACUUUUUUGACUUUCUGAAUUGUAAAAUUGCUAUUUGUUCCUUUAUUCUUUUGGAUGGGAAAAUUGCAACUUAUUCUUCUAACUCUAAUGAGUACUGGCUGGAUGUUCGAUGAACUGAACAAUAUGUAGGUAACCCUAACAAGCUAACCUCUGUUUUUUUUUUACUUAAGUUAUGAAUGUGAGUUGAGUUAGCUGCUUUGAGUGAAUGUGGAAAGGGUCAACAGGUGAAGAAAGUUAUGCAUGUAAGUGUGGGUGAAUGUUGUUUUGUAUCUAUCCUUGUAGUAUCGUGUCGAUUUGGUUUUUUCUUGCUCCUUUUCUUUUCUGAAUCAUUCGUGGGUUGCUUUCCAAAUAAUGACCAAGUUGAUGCUUUAAUAGUUUUAUUCUGUUUUCCUCGACCAUGUUUUGACACAUGGGGACCGAACCCUGAAUUUUUCAAAUCAGUUUUGUUGAAUUGAGAUGCAUUUUUCCUGUGAUGCUGUUAAGAUAACUACUGGCAUAGUCCAAUAGAAAAGAUCGCAUGGCCUUUUAUGGUGGUGAAAAGUGGUUAAUAAUCAUAGUUGAGGUCUAUGCUCAAGUAUCAUACAUGUCAUGGAUAAUUGAUAAUUGAAAAGUGGUUAAUAAUCAUAGUUGAGAUGCAGGAUAUAGUAUAUCAAGAGACCAGAUAAAUUAAUAAUAUUCCUUUUUGAUAUUAUUGGUAAUCAGACAUGAUCGGUAUUUUAGGUUCCUGAACUUGACUAAGGAUUGAUGAAAAGGCAUGCUUGAGAAUAAGAAAUAUUUUACUUUAUGGACUGUUUUUAAGUCGUACCUGUUGCUUACCAAAUUAUAUCUGACGACCUGUUAAAUAGAUUUCGAUUGCAUGUUUUCUUGCUGAACUUUUCAGAAGUGGCUCUGAUUUGGAUCUAGUGCAGUAAGUUGCAUCUGGUAUAGCCAAUCAAGUUCAGGGGUAGUUCACUACAGGUGCCCUGCAUAUAAGCUGAUCCCAAAAUGGUAAGGUUCUGUUAUUGAUGAACCUUGCUAUUAACUCGUGGAGGCUAGAGCCCUGAUUUUGAGCCAAUUGUAAGGACUAACAUUCUUUUGCAGUAUCAUUCUGGAAAAGCUCAGUGUGAUCAUACUCUUAGCAGCAAGCAUGUGAUGAUCAUACUAUGGAGUUAAACAUCUUAUGUGACAAAUUUCCUAACGCCAUGGAGUUAAACAUCGGACAGCGUUGACAAGUGACAGCAACGUGCAGAAAUCUAUGAAAGUCAUUGUAGGGGUGAUACGAAAAGAAAAUAACAAGUAGUUGAAGGCAUAUGCAAUAAUACAAGUGACAAAAGUUCGAAGGUCACUUGAUCACUCAAAAUGGUGGGUUUUUUCUCCGAGUUCCUGAAGUUGUGGCAGAGUGUGAUGAUACACGCUACAAAACAGUGGGGGCAGCUGCCCAAAAUCAAACCAAUGAUACAGCAUCUUGAACUUUCACUACUUAGAAUUUGCUGAUCUGGUAGUGUUUUUUUUCCCUGCCCCUUCGAUAUUCUCCUAUUUUCUUGUUACCUUGCCCCUCUACGCUCCAAUUUGCUCCACGUCUUGCUUUUGCUGUAGCUGGAUAUGUUUACAAGAGAGGCUUUAGCAGCUACAGCGAAGGGAGUGCAUGAUGGUAGUGGAACAUUUUCUACUGAUUUUCAAGGUCCAUGUGGAUCUCAUCAGGAUUGGAUGGUGCUAUUCUAUGGAUGAUUUGUCCCUCAAACAAACCAGUUUGUUUUCGUGUGAGAUUUCUCUGGUGGCUGUUUGAUCUCCCUUUAAGAUUGGAUUAUAAUAUUGUAUACUGUGGAAUACAUUUUGCCAGGGAGGUAAUGUAAUCACAAGGAUUUGAACUCGCUACAAGAAGGAUCGUCGUUAUUCUGUUAA